AAGCCACACCUACCAAUUAAGAAGAUAUUACUGAUAGAAUGCCAGUUCACAGGUCAAUCUUUCUUUUAUUUUUCGUUGCAUUUUCCCUCGGAAAAGAGCUAAAAGUUCCCGCCCAAAACGCCACUGAUCACGUGACCUCAGAGCCCGGUUCCCAACCUUCCUCAUCAGUCUACGAUACCUUUCAAUCUCUACCAGAAGAGCCGAUACAACUAGUCAGACCGGACCCAGAUCACCACAAGCUCCUGGAAGUAGUUUCAGAAAAUGUUCGUCAUUUGCAUUACAUCACGUCCUCCGUUGCCGUGGUAGCAGUGGUGGGGAAGUACCACUCCGGCAAGUCCUUCCUGUUGAACCAGCUGAUGGGGAAAGGAGAGAGAGGGUUUAGCAUCGGACCGACUGUACGACCGCAAACCAUGGGAAUAUGGAUGUGGGGAAAGCCUCUGGUUAUGAAGAAUAAAGACGAGGAGACAGUCGCCAUUAUAUACCUGGAUACCGAAGGGUUUGCCGCUAGCAAUAUCUCUGAGGUUUAUGAUGCUAAGAUAUUUGCAGUUGCUACAAUACUCAGCUCUUACCUCAUUUAUAACUCUGUCAAAAUUAUUGAUCAGGGUGAUAUUGACUAUUUAGAUCUCUUAGCAAGAAGAACAAGAUUAUUUGCUUUACGGUCUCAAAUAACAAAGUCCAAAUGGUUCGAUGAGUUCAAUCACGAUUUGCUUCAAUUCCCUCCGCUAGUUUGGGUGGUUCAGGAUUUCGUACAGAGCACUGAGGGGGAGGAGUCACCACAAAGAUGGCUCCACAAGAUAAUGUCCACCAGUAGCCGAGAGACUGAGGAACACAACAUUAAUUUGCUGAGUAGGAGAACGUUAUUUUAUAUUAAUUUUUAUUAUUUUAAAGGUAUGUUUGAAUCUGUUGAUUGCCACACCCUCUUUCUCCCUGCUACUAAAAAGUCGUUGCUCCAGGAUCUUUCGCAGGCGAAAGAGGAGGACCUGACGGAGGAGUACAAGGAGGAGAGGGACAGCCUACUCAAAUUGAUUAAUUUGAAUUUGAAACCGAAGAUAAAGAACGGUAAAUCAAUCACUGGUCCAGAGUUAGCGUCCCUGCUUGAGAUAUUGGUAGCAGCUGCUAAUAAAGGAUCAUUAGCUGAAGUCCCCAGCAGGUGGAACGCGUUCUUGGAGCAAAUGCAUUUGAAUUCAGUUAACGACUGUAUUCUGUUUUAUGAGUCCGAGGUGAACGUGUUGCUAAGGAAACAUAAUUACGGUGCUGUAAAUGCUACCGAACUGGCUUCCUGGCAUGAUAGAUGUUUGAAGAAAGCUCAAGAAUUAUUAGACAAGUUAUUAUUAGGUUUAAUGAACACAACACUCAAAGGACAGGAGAGGCUCUUAAAAGCAGCUGGAGAAAAAUUUGAAAAGAUAGAGGACAUGAACGAGAAGAAAAUAGAACUGAGAUGUAGCGAGGUCCAGCGUCAGACAGAACUGAAAGUUGAAGCUUCUCUGGAUAGUUUGAGUUUCCCGAUAAAAGGGAAAGACUUACAACUAAUAUUGGACAAGAAGAAGGAGAUUCAUAUUGAGAUAUACAAGGAAGAAGUUCACUCACUUUCUGACCAUUCCUCUUACCAGAGACACUUGAACCAGCUGCUUGUUGGGAUUGAGAGGAUUUUUAAUGGAGUGAAGCUGAAGAAUUCUGAAGCAAUGGAAGUCAUUUUAAAAGCUGCCAUAGUUACUGCAAUAAAUAAAUUUAAAGAAUCAUCAUUAAACAUUAAUGAUAUUCCAAGAACCAGUACUGGCCUACAGUCGGUCAUUGGUACUUCAGAAGCAGCUGCUGAUCAAAUUUUUAAAGAAGAGAGUGAAAUGGCAAGUGGAGAAGAAGUGUAUGCAGCCUACCAGGGAUACUAUAAAUCUGAGCUCUCAAAAGCUGUCGAACAUUUAAGAGAAGAAAAUGAAGUUUUAGUCGGAAAAACUUGCAGAGAAAAAGGGGCGGAGCUCAUUGGUUUAUUUACUGAAGCAACGAGCCCAAAAAGAUUAUCAUUUCCUGUCAAUGAGUCAUACUUGGAACAGAGGUUAAAGGAAGAGAAAGAUAAUGUCUUUGAAUCUUACAAUGCAGCAAUGGCUAAUUUUGAAGAUAUGCAAAUUUUUGUGACCGUCAAAAGAGAGAUAUCAAAUAAAAUGGAGGAGAUAUCAGCUCAGAGACAAGAUCAGAAUUACCAAGCUUACAUUAAAGAAGUUGAAAUCCCAUUGAAGACAGCUAAGAAACUAAUUAAACUCUCGUCUGACAAAUACGACACUGUUUUCUCCCUCAGACAACACAUGGAGCAGGUGUGUCUUUUAAACCUGGACGAGGGUAAAGCCAGUAAUUGGCCCCGCCCACUUAAACUCAGUAUAAUUAAUCGUUAUAUUAAUAACGAGAAAGAUCUUCGGGACUUGUUGGUGUCGAAGGAAGGGGUGUGGUCAAGUAUAAAGGGUUUUAUUCAGUGGCUGUAUUCGUUUAUAGACGUUUUAAUUAAUGGACCAGAGCUAUAAUAAUAUAAUUAUUAAUAAUUAUUUAUUAUUUUUAUUCUCUCUCUCUCUCUCCUCUGUAUGAUAAGGCUCUAAUUAUCACAUUAAAUCAUUAAAAAUCUUGUUAUUAUUUGAAUUUUUUGAUGAAUGAUGAUACACUGAAAUCGAA